UGGGACCUCAGCCACCGCCACACAAAGCCAAGGAUGUGACAGCUCGGGCCCCAGCGAGCACCUCAGUUCUGUUCCCAGGGCCAGUACUUUGAAACUGGGCACCCCAACUGUUCCAAGCUCUGGGUCUCCAUUCCACUCUUUGCAGAAUGAGAACCUUUGGUGGGGUGGUGGGGGGGGGGUGCAGCAGAGCCUUUCUUUGAGAAGACAGCCCCCACCUCGUUUGCUUUGGCCUCCAGCUCCAUCCUCAGAACCCUGCAGGCAUUCUGGGCAUCCUGUGCCCACCCACCUCUCCUCUCUCGCGCGGGUGCCCAAGCUAAGUCAUCCUCCAGCAGUGACUCUGGGGCCUGAAACCCAGCAGCAGAGGUGACACUUGUGGGGACUCCCAAAUGAUGCCUGUGGCAAGUAGGAGCCAUGGCGACCUCGCCAGGACCUGUCUUGUCCCCAGUCUGAGCCGAAAGUGUUCUUCGGCAUUCUCUUGUUCACCUCUUUCAUUUCAGUGCAGAAAUGCUGAGGUCCAGAGCGGAAGUCCAGGGACCUUUGGCCUCAAACUCCAAAGCCCUCGGUGUGUCCCCUUCCCUGAAGCCUCUCUGUUCCUUACUGGAAACCACUGUGUCCGCGGGACGCCUGAGGAUGUGCUGUUUCUUUGGGUUUUGUUGCUGGUUAGAUUUUGUGUGUUUUAAUGCCUUGCUUUUGUUGAUUUAUUAUUUGUUUAUUUUAAUUUAUCUUUAUUGUUGAGAGUAUUGUAGGUUGUUUUGAUUUCAGGAAACCAGUCAUUUGUUAGGGAUUUACAUCCCAGGCACCGUGCGGUGCUAGAGAUACACAGAUGGAGGAACAUGCGGCUAGUCCUUGCCCCUCGCCCCCAGGAUCCCGGUGGUCCCCUGCUUGCGCAAGAAAAAUAAGGAAAAUAACAGAUUGGCCAUAGGUCUGUUUCGCAUGGUUCUGCAGAGCUGGUACCGCUUCCAGACUCAGCCUUUCUGACCCGGACUGACCUGGAAAUACCGACAGGGGUCAUCGGCACCGCCGGGGACUGCGGUGGGCGGACGCUUGGAGCUCUGGCCAGGACAGUCCCAUGUGAGGAGCAGAGAUGGACCGUCCUUCAGCCUCCUGAGAUGAAGAGACUGAGGCUCAGAGAGGUUAAGGAACACCCCCGAGGCCACACACCUGAUGACAGACAACCCUUGGUGCCUUCAUCCAGUCCACUGCCCGACGGCCACAUCUCCGGUGACCGCUGGUCAGGCUGAGUUCCAGUUAGGAAUCUUCACACGUCACCCUUCCCGGAGGAUGGUGACAGGGACAGCUUCCCUCUGUCCCGCACCGUGAACCUUCCUCCCAGGACCUCGCCUUGGAGGGACACAGUGCGGUCACGGAGAUUAAUGACCCCUCAACCCCUUUGGAUGGGAAAGGAAAUCACAGGUGUUCGGUUUGAUUAGCGUUUCAUCAGGAGGCGUUAUCGGCUGUUUGCGGGUCGCUGACGAAGCCUGCUACUUGACUUCUGCAAGAGGCCGACUUCGUUCAAGGGUCCUCUCGCCCUGAGCGAGCCACUUAGCCUUCGAGGGCCACAGGGUGAUGCCCUGUGCCCUGGGGUGACCGCUGCCAAGCGGAAGUGAAGCCGGCUGGCCGGAACAAGCCUUGAGGCCCCCCUGGGAGUCCCCGCCCCGCCUUGUGAUUGAAUCUCCAUUUCUGGGAUUUUUCUUCCAAGUUCCUCCUCUGUUGGGUGUGAUUCCCUCCAGCCCAUCGCCGGGAGCCCAUCAGCAGAGCAGACAUGGUGACCAUGAGAAGGGCCCUCAAGGUCCUCACCCUCCUCACCCUCGUCAUCUUCUUCACCUCCUUCUUCCUGAGCUACUCCCACACCAUGAUGACCACCACGUGGCUCCCCAGACAGAUGGUCGCCGAGCUCCUGGAGAGUCUGAGGAGGCUGCUGACCCUCUCGCCGCGGCCCUGCGCCUGCGCCCGCUGCAUCCGCCAGAAGCACGCCUCGCCGUGGUUCGACAAGAGGUUCGACGGGUCCAUGCAGCCGCUGCUGACGGCGCAGAACGCGCUGCUGGAGGAAGACACCUACAGCUGGUGGCUGAGGCUUCAGCGGGAGAAGGAGCCCAGUAACUUGAACGACACCAUCAAGGAGCUGUUCCGGGUGGUGCCCGGCGACGUAGACCCCCUGCUGGCGAGAUCGCCCAUGGGCUGCCGGCGCUGCGCCGUGGUGGGCAACUCGGGCAACCUGCGGGAGUCCUGGUACGGGCCGCAGAUAGACAGUCACGACUUUGUGCUCAGGAUGAAUAAGGCCCCCACUGUGGGGUUCGAGGCCGACGUGGGGAGCAAGACCACCCACCAUCUCAUGUACCCCGAGAGCUUCAGGGAGCUGGAAGAGAACGUCAACAUGGUCCUGGUCCCCUUUAAGACCCUUGACCUGGAGUGGGUGGUCAGCGCCACCACCACGGGCACCAUCUCCCACACCUACAUUCCUGUCCCUUCGAAGAUCAAAGUGAAGAAGGAUCAGAUCCUGAUCUAUCAUCCGGCCUUCAUCAAGUACGUCUUCGACCGGUGGCUGCAGGGCCACGGGCGGUACCCGUCCACCGGCAUCCUCUCGGUCAUCUUCUCCCUGCACGUCUGUGACGAGGUGGACUUGUACGGCUUUGGGGCAGACAGCAAAGGAAAUUGGCACCAUUACUGGGAGAACAACCCGUCGGCGGGGGCUUUCCGCAAGACCGGGGUGCACGACGGAGACUUUGAGUUCAACCUGACGACCACCUUGGCGUCCGUCCACAAACUGCGGAUCUUCACGGGGAGAUGACGCUGUGAGGAGCUGGGACGGACACGCCUCUCGCCCGGCUUCUCGCCGAGGCCGCUCCAUUCUGUGCCGGGGCCUCCACCCCGCCUCGGGUGUGCCCAGGUGCCCCUCGCAGCCUCGCACCCCAACAUUUGACAGCAUCUACUCAGCAAGUCUCAGAACCGGCUUGGGUGGGGAGACCCCUCCCUGCUGACCCGGAGCUGGGAAAAGGGGGGAAUCUUGGAGCAAGUCCCUUCUCUGAACACGGCUUCAGAAGAUAGGGGCACAGAGACUGAAGACUCCCCUGUUUUAAAAGAAAGAACAGUCUCCUCCCCGGGAAGCCAGGUGGAGACUUCUCUCUGCCGAGGGGUCCAGGGCGGACUCCCAGCCUCUGGUUUUCACUGGGAUGCUUCUGAGUGAGGAUGGCCCCCAAGACAGAGCCUCGUGGCCACAUCGGCCCUGGGGCGAGAUGACACAUUACUUGCACGUGACACCCCAAUUCCCCUUGGUUCCCCAAACUCAUUUUGGUGGCUAGGAGAGACCUCCCACCCCGAAGGUCUUCAUCCUUGGCCAGGUGUUUCUGACCCCAGCAGCCGUCUACCUUCUGAGACAAUGUCUUCGAGUGAUCAGUCUUUGUUGUUAGGAUUUGGCGGAGAGCAGACCUGACUACUUCCACGUGCCUUUGUAUUUGGGGGUGAAAUGCGAGCACUGGCUAGAAUGAGGCGAACACCCCGAGUCCGGAGAGAAGACCCUGGCAGCUGCCCUCCCUGCUCCUAGCUGGGGACAUCUUUUCCAGUGUCCUGAGCCAGCGCGAGUCGGAACAAAGCUCGCGGGGUGCCCGGUGCCUCCCCGGUGCACAUCAGCAUGGAACAGCGAGACUGACGGGCUUGGUUCCCGCAGCCCGCCGAGAGGCUCUCUCCCACCAGCGUUUCCGAGGGCCCGCGCUCUGGCCCAUUCCUGCUGCACCUGCAUGGUGUCCGGGGGCUGGGGGCCACGGGAGGCGCGUGACCGUCGGAGUCGGGGACGUCAUACCUCAUCCUCGAACACUUUUUCCCUCAUCAAUCUUCUGAUUAUUUAUUGAUUUUGCUGUUGCACUCAGCUGAUGUCAUGUCCCUUUCUGGCUCUGCUGCUGGUCCUGGGUUUUAAUUGAGGUUUCACCUGCCCCCCUGGCCAGUGGGGAGUGGGGAGCUCACAGCAUGCUCUGUGGGAGCCCUCAGGCUCUAGUGGUGGUGGUGCCCAGGUUUUGGGGGCUAGCUGGUGGGCAAAUCUUUGGGUGGUGGGUUUGUGAAAUGUCCUGUGCCUCCUCCUCUCCCAGCCCCACCUUCCUUGUGAACCUGGAUUCAGCCACAGGCUAGGACUCUCCAAACCCUAGUGGAGCCCCUGGGGGCCGGCUGGGAAGUGGGGUGCAGGCAGAGGACAGUGGUCGUUGGCCCCCGUCACUGACAUUUGAGCAGAAAAACCACGUUUCCUGUCGAGAGCAUUUCCUCAAAGGCCACUCUGAGGAGGUGUGACGAGUUCCUUCCUGGGGCGGGGACAGGACGCCGUCUGGGGGGCCAGGGGACCGGACGGGAUGCUUGUGCAGCACCCUGGCCAGCCCUGCUCUCCUGGCCUCCGCUGUUCCCUCUGCAAAUGGGGAGGGAGAGCCUGGGGGGCGCAGGAGCCACAGAGGUGUCAGCAGUGCGUGAGAGUCCCCAGAAAUCACGCCCGUCCCCCCGGUCUGUGCAGCCCCAUGGCUCUAUUCAGUCCUCAAAGAUGCAGAACCCAGAACGCGUGUGAAAGACGCACAGGCCUGUCCCAGCUUCAGAGCCCCCCGCACGUAGGCUCCACAUAAAGGCUCGUGUGUCCCUGUGAGUUCGUCGUCGCGGCCCGAGCUCACGGCCGCACCUCACGGGAGAUGGAGGGACCGAGCAAGUGUCCGGGGGCCGGCUGAUCAAUCCCAGGGACAGACCUUAAGACAAGUGGUCACGGGACCUCAUAGCCCCUGAGCUGCCUCCCCUUCUGCCCCCCGCGUCUGUCCAGGCACAUCACGUUCAGAACAAGUGACCUGCUUCUUUGGGCUUUGCUGAGUCAGAGCAGGUCCCCAGAGGGAGGACCUGUCCCUAGCUGAGCUGCACGCUGCCUGGGUCAGCUACCUGGUCCCAUCCCAUCUCCCUCCGUCCCGCCAGGCUGUUCAAGCUGUGAGUCCUUGUUGCCCUGGGAUCUGGUCCCACGGAGCAGAUGAGGAAACAAGGCCCAGAGAAGGCACGCGACUUGCAAAAGAACUGAUUUGUGCCAGAGGGCGCAGCCCGGACACUUUGAGCAGGAACAGGACAGGAUGCACCCCAUGUUGGGAGCAUCCAGAGGCGGGGUCCCCAGCCUGGCCCGUCGGUGUCUCGGGGCACUCUCCGGGGUGCGGCUGCUCCUCGGGCUGCCCACGGGCUCUGGCAGGUGUAGCCCUCACCUCGGUGCCAUCCCUCCAGUGGUGGGGCCAGCCCCAGCCCGGCAGACCUCCCUGCAUCUUAUCGGCUUAGCAGAGGGGACUUAACCAAAUAAACAUCAAUCCGUGUGGCCGGGAUUGAACGCCCUGCCGAGCUAAAGCCCCUGGGUCCCACGUGGUGGCUCAGAGGGUCACGCCAGUGUUUCUCCGAAGGCACUUAGCAGUGUGCUGGGCAGGAGACGGAAGCAGCCACACAGGGAGGCCCUGGCAGGUUCACCACACGCGGUCAGGCUCCCUCGGGCCCCUGGUCCCAGCUCGGGGCUCAUUACUCUGCAGGCGGAGAGCUCCUCGAGAGCUCCUCCUCGGGGCGGCUGGGGCGGGUUAGGGGGAGAAACCUGAGGGGGAGAAAGGAAACGGGUGGGGGCCUCUGGGCCCUGGAGCAAUCCCCGAGAGCAGAAAGUUCGAGGUGGAUGCUCUUGGAGCCCGCGGGCGGGCGGGGCUGCCCGGGGAACCAGAUGGAAGGAAGGGGGACUUGCCGCACCAGCUAAGCCCAGUGGGCUCACGCCUCGCUGUGGCCCGAGGGGCAGCCCG